AUAGACUCAGAACCUCAUGUAGACAGAAGUGCAGAAAACCCAGGAAGAAGAUAAAAUGAAUAAUAAGAUCUACAUGAUGCUCUUUCUUUUUCUUCAUGAAGUCUGUGAACUCAGUUGCAAUGUUGCUCAUGUGGAUCAGGUUUUAACCAUGAAAGAGGGAAGGAAUAUAUUAUUACCUUGUCUCAUUGUAAAUGAUCAGUUACACCGAGUACUAUGGUAUAAACAGGUUCUUGGAGAGAAACCUCUCCUAAUAGUGUCAUCAUAUCACCGCUCUCAACCAAAUGAAUUUUCUCCUGACUUGGAAGCAAAUCAUCGUUUUCAUGCAGUGAGAGAGGAUUAUAGUUUUAAUUUAACCAUCUUGAGAACCUUGAAAUCUGAUUCAGGCACGUAUUUCUGUGGAGCUGCCUUUGCUAAUGUUAUUUCCUUCAGCACUGGAACGGUUUUGCUGGUUAAAGAUGCAGACCUCAAACCUGCUGUUAUUCAACAGCCUGUGCUUGAUGUUAUAAAGCCAGGAAGCAAUGUAACUUUGCAGUGCUCAGUAGAAGGGAAGAUGUGUGAGAAUGGAGUACAACUAGUUUACUGGUACAGACGCAGUUCAGACAGUAUCCAUCCAGGAAUGGUUUAUACUCAUGGAGACAUGAACAAUGAGUGUGGGAAGAACUUUGCUGCCUCCUCUCCUAUGCAGAGCUGUCUUUAUAACCUCCCUAAGAUGAAUGUUGGUCUCUCUGAUGCUGGACUAUACUACUGCGCUGUGGUAACUUGUGAUGAAGUUUUAUUUGGAAAUGGCACGACGUUGGUCAUUGAAGAUGAAUUUAAUAGUGAGAGGAUGCCAUAUUUUAUAAUAAUUGGCCUUGCAGUGAUGUGCACAGUCAGUUUUACCAUCAAUAUUUUGCUUUGUAUACCAUUGAGAAGAAAAGAUAGAACACCUCAACAAAUCCAGAUUACCAAUGACGAUACAACAAGAGUUCAGUACCGCAACACAAAUGACGUUAACUAUGCUGCUCUGAACCUUUCCACUAAAAGAGGUCAGAGAAAAAGGACCUUAGAGGACACAACGUACUCUGUACCGACAUUGCGAGACAAGAUAUGAAACUUAUAGCUGCCGAUCGUCUAAACGUACCAUAAUAUUUAACAUAAUAUUGAACUCCAGGAGUGCAUUAGUAAUAUUCCAUAUUUGUGUCUCUAAUUAAAGUCUGUGCUUAUUCUGCAUCGUGUUAAACGUGUUUUUUCAAGAAACGUGUUGUGGGUGUUAACAUUAACAGUUCUGGGAGCUGACAUGAAAAAUUAUAUAAAAGCAUAACCACAUCCUGUAAAGAUGUAACUAGAUGUGAAAGUACUGUGUUCAUCAGCUCGAAUAAAAUUAGAUUUAGGUCAACCUUCUUAUUUGGUUAUUCAUCUCCAACACAAUAUGGUUACUUCCUCGCUGACAGAGCAUGUAAUGUUGAAUAGUGUAUCCCAUAAUGCAAUGCACUUGAUUUGACCUUCCAUUUGCAGUGUUAAGAAUGUAAUAGAAAAAUAUCAAAUAUAAUAUUUGAACAUAUACUUCUGUAAUCAUUAUUUGAUCAGACAGACAAUAAUUAAAUUUAUCAGGAUGUUUUUGAGUAAAAAAGGAAAUUCACUGUGGGGAAAAAAGCAGGCCGGGACUGGAUUUCACAGAUCACAA